UAAUAUUUUAUAAAUUCCCCUCUCCGUUCAUGCUUCUGCAUCAGGGGGUUACAAAAAAGAACGUGUGGAGGUCAACUUCUCCUACCGACCUCUUCCCAUACGUUUGAUCACGCCCAACACUUAAUAAACACCAUUCCUUUCCCUUCAAGCUUUCCUACAACACAUUUUUUAUCCAUACUUUUUUUUUUUUGCUGGGAUAUUUUCUAUCCAUACUUGCAAGCAAGCAUAGACAACCAAUAAAAGAUCAAGCAAGAUUCUCACAUUCAUCUCAACCAAGAGAAAAAUACUCCAGCAAACAGGAGCACCAGGGAGAAGAUGAAGAGGCAAGGAAAGCAGCAUAGAACUCUGAGGAUCAUCACCAAGGCUACAAACACCGCCGCGGACGAGGUGGUCUCCGGCCAGAAGCACAAGCACAAGGGCAAAAGGGGCAAGAAGCCGGCGUCGAAGUCAAGGGACAAGGCCAAGGGGGCGUACAAGCUCAAGUCUGGCGAUGUGGUGCUCAAUCAUCGCCUCGAGUCUUGGAGGGUGGCCACCGGUGAGGAUGGUCGCUGGUCGAAGGGUUUCAAUGGCGAAGGAUAUGACGACGACGACGAUGAUGAUCGCGAGAAAGAGUACGGUCAUGGAGAUGCUCUUCGUGGCUCUGUAGUUGUUCAAGAGGUGGAGAGAAGCGUUCACGGCACUAAUGAUGAGGAGGAGAGAAGCGCCGGUGAAGAGGAGGAUUUCGAAGGCGAAGGGUGUGAUGAAGAUGAGGAUCAUGAGGAGCAAGAGUACAGUCAUGGAUAUGGCCUCCAUGAGUCUGUAAUUGUUCAAGAGAUGGAGGAGAAAUGCAUUCAUGGCACCGAUGAUGAUGAUGAUGAUGAUGAGGGGGAUAUGGGAUUCUAUGAAGUUGGAUUUAUUUGGGAGGAUGUUGAUGAUGAAGGUUGGUGUGUUGUGGAUGAGAUGUGAGGAAUUGAACUUCACAUUACUCUGUAAAUAAAAUGUUGUAGAUGGAUUUCAUGUACAUAAUCUCUUUGCCUAUGGCUUUAAGCUUUUGUGUGACAA